AGCUAAAAACCCAGCCACAAACAGCAGGAAUGUCUUCUGUAUGGGAUGACUUGGAUCUUCUCCUGGAAUCCCCCUCCUCUCUGACUGUUACUUCAACAGCACGCGGCACCAUUAAGGAGAAGCCUGGCUUUACUCCAGGGGAGGAUGCUGCUGCUUUAAGGAAAGCCAUGGAAGGCAUUGGCACUACUGAAAAGACUCUAAUUGACAUUCUGACUCAAAGAAGCAAUGCCCAGCGCCAGCUGAUCUGUAAAGCGUAUCAGGACGCCACUGGAAGGACUCUUUGUGAUGACUUGGAAGGUGAUACACAUGGAGAUUUUGAAGAUGCUUUGGUGGCCCUGAUCACUCCUCCUGCUAAGUUUGACUGCCAUGAGUUCAUGCGUGCUAUAAAAGGUGCUGGUACAACCGAAAGCGUUUUGAUCGAACUAUUUGCAUCACGCUCCAACCAUCAGAUCAAGGCUCUGUGUGAUGCAUAUUUGGCUGAAACCGGAAAACCUCUGAUUCAAGACCUGAAAUCGGAGGUGUCGGGGGACUUUGAAAAAACAUUGUUGAUCCUCGCUGAGGGCAAGAGGGAUGAAAGUACCAAUGUGGACGUGGCAAAAGCUAAAGAGGAUGCUAAGAUCUUGUACGAGGCGGGAGAGAAAAAGUGGGGAACGGACGAGAGCAAGUUUAUCGACAUCCUCUGCCACAGAAGCGUUCCUCAGCUCAGACAAACUCUGGUUGAGUAUAAGAGUCUGAGCGGAAAGACCCUUCAGGAAAGCAUUGAAGGGGAGAUGUCUGGAAGACUCGAGGAUAUUCUGGUGGCUAUAGUGAAAUGUGUGAAGAGCGUCCCAGCAUACCUUGCUGAGCGUCUUUAUAAAAGCAUGAAGGGUGCUGGAACCACUGAAUCCACCAUAACUAGAAUCAUAGUGAGCCGUUCAGAGGUCGACCUGCAGGACAUCAAGACGGAAUAUAAGAAGCUGUUUGGCUCUUCCUUAUACUCUGACAUUGAGUCUGAUGUAUCUGGGGAUUUUUGCCAAACGCUCCUGAAGAUCUGCGGUGAAGAUGGCAAAUGAAUGUAUUCAUCACAAACCCUUCGUAACAGAAGACAUCACCGCAGAAGUGCUAUAAUGUGAAAGAAUGUCCAAAUAUAUUUCUUUUAUUAAAUCUCUAAUAAUAAAUCAUCAGCUUUAUGAAAUGUAUUUCUUGUACUAACUUUUUUAUAAUCAUAGAUAACUUGUAUACUUGGUAAUAUAAUACCCUUAAUCUAACGCGAAAGACUAAUUUAGCUCCAGAAUCUACAUCUUUUGAUGUGUCAGGACUUGAUUACAUUUUGUUCCUGCAUUGUGGAGUAAUAGCUUACAGUGACUGAAGAAUGAAUAAAGAAAAUAAAAGUUCUAUUCCAUUUUGCUUUUUGAAAUAU